AUGACAUCGUUGAUUACCGCGUACGAAUGGGCCGAUAGCGGUAACCAGUACUUCAUCUCCAUCGGUACCAAUGGUAAACACGUCUCUCUUUACCACUUGCCUCCAGACUCCAAGAAUGGCUCGCGAAGCAAUGAGGUAAGAGAACUCCACUCAAAAUCCUUUAUGGAAAAUAUCAACUGCCUAGACUACUCUCGUCUUCGUCACGGGGUGGUGGUCGCCAACAACAACUUCCCCACGCUUUUUGAUAUCACCAACCCCGAGUUCGACCCUCUAGUGUUUCGUACCACCAGUUCACGGAUCUCCACUUGCUUAUCUCUCAGUCCCGAGGAUACUCUUGCAGUGGGCUUGGAAAAAACUAAAGGCCACCAUGGGGUCCAUGUUUACGAUCGUCCUUUUGAACUGAUGAGUUAUCGUAGUUACUUAAAGAACGAUCACAUUGUCUCAUUGAAAUUCAUUGCUUCAGCGUCCAAAAGUUUAUUAGUCGGUACCAGCAAUGGUUUAAAAGAACUUGAUUUAAGAUCGAGAUCCCCAACAGUGUUCUCCAUCACUACCUCGUUUGCCGAAUACAUUGAUAGUGGCCCAUUUUCCGACCAUUUCUUCUCAUCGGUCAAUUCAAAAAAUGGUAAUCUUGCCAUCUGGGAUCGUCGAUACAUUAAGAAACAUAACGACGGCAACGACGUGUUUAAAGAAACCAAUAUCUUGGUUUUGCCAAAAGUAUUUACUCAAGAAACUUACUCGUUGAAAAACGCGGUUCCUUGCUACCGGUUCUCCCCAUGGAAUUAUAACGAACUCACCACAUUACAUCAGGAUUCCAAGACCUCUAGUUAUAUUAAACGUUGGAGUUUCGGGUACGAAGUCCAGCAAGCCCAUGAUUCGUACGAUAAUAUUAACAACAACAACAAUAAUAAUAAUAAUAUUGUCCAGCCGUACCAUUUACCUGACAAUAUCCGCAAACAUAACAUUGAAGUCUCCAAUAUUGACUCGUUAUUUGUCAGUAAGUGCAAGAACACCAAGAUUAGCCCACAACAAGCAGGAAGAGUGAUUUCUUUUGAUCACUGUGAGAGUUAUGGAGGAUAUUUUGGAUCAUUUGUAGUACUCACAGCGUCAGGGAAGGUGAUCAAGGUUCCCGUGAUCGACGGUGAUUCAUCAAUGGAUUUUAGCAAUUAUAAUACUCUCACGAUCAGUAAUGGUAAUGAGUUGUUGAUAGAGCUGCCGGUGAAUAAUAUUGGAGAUCCAGAUGAUAUGGUCAAUAAUGAUAAUGAUGUGAAUCUUAAUAAUAACGAACCGGAAAAGCCUCAGGAUUCUGGAAAAGUUGAUGAAGACGAAGAAGUUGAAUCAAUUCUAAAUACUGAUGAGGAACUGGGUGAAGAAGAUGAUGAUAGUAGCAAAGAUGGUGAUGAUGAUGAAGAUGAUGAAAAAACUACUGGCUCUACCGGUUCAUCCAGGCCCAUCCGUGAAAUCCUACAAGAUGAUAUUGCCUCGGUGAUGUAUCAACGGGCGCAACAGAACUAUAACCUCACUGAUUUACACCUGAAUUCUGAACUUUUUUCGCAAUUUAACAAGAAUUACUACAACAAGGAUCAGAAUUACUUGAAUUCCAAUUACGAGCAACUCCGGAUCUGUUGGAAAUGGCUCUACCAUUCCAACGAGAACUGUCGUCGGCGAUUGACGAUCCAGGAUGGAUUGAAUAUCAGUUUUGAAGGGAUUUACAAUAUCUGGGAUGGGAUCAAAGAAAUCUUACGUGAUGAAGAAAGAUUCAAUCCGGAAAUUAAUAGUUGUUUCACCUCGUUGAGCAGUAAAGUGGCAGAAAAAGAGUUUUUACGGAUCCUCGAAAAAAUCAUGGGGCUCGUUCAUAAACCCAACAAAACUUAUAUGACCUCGAUUGAUUUCAGCGCCCGUACCAAAAAAGCGAUCCAACGGAGAUAUUGUUUAUUUAGUUGUGGGUGGUAUAUUACCAAAGAGGAAUUCGACACCAAGAUCGAUACGUUGAUCUCUUUGAAGUAUUAUGAAAAGGCCGCGGGACUUUGUGUUUUUCAAGGUGACGUACUUCGGGCGAUCGAUAUUCUUUCGUCAAUUCCUGAUGAUGAUAUGAAUCGUGGCCCAUUACAAGAAGGUUACGAAGUGGUGGAUUUAAGAAUCAUUGCUGCAGCAAUGAUGGGGUUCUUCAAUCGUAAUAUGGAGAGAAUCUCCGAAGAAGCGUCGUAUAAUUACGAUGGUGAGCCGCUUUGGAAAGACCAGUGUCGGAAAUUAUCCCAGAAAUUGUCAUCUCCGUAUUUACGGGCGAUCUUUGCGUAUUUGACAGAUCGUAAUUGGCAAGACGUGUUGGAAGAACCAUCAUUGGCAUUAAAGGAUAAAUUAUUGAUCGCAUUGAAGUACCUUCCGGAUGAUAAACUUACCGAGUAUUUGAAAAUCACCACCACCGACGUGAUCCGGACCGGGAACCCCGAUGGGAUCAUGUUGACCGGGCUCACCAGAAAAGGGAUCGCGUUAUUACAAACCUAUAAUGAUCGGUACACCGAUAUCCAAACCGUGGCCCUCAUUAGUGCGUUUGCGGUGCCUCGGUUCUUUGAUGAUUUACGGGCCAAUAAUUGGAUGGCAUCGUACUGUCAUUUACUCAAUGGGUGGAAAUUGUUCAAAAUCAGAGCCCGGUUCGAUAUCAAACGCCGCCAACUUCUGAAGAAUGAUUUGUAUCGUAAACGAACCUUAGUGAUCGGUGCCGGUGGUGACGAAUCAUCAUCGACUAAAAAGUUGGUGGACCAACAGCAGGACGAUGCCAUGACAAUGACGAUGAUGCUGGUGGAAAGUAAUUCGGGAAGAAAGCUGCUUGGAACGGUAUCCAGACGAUUGGAUAUCCAGUUUUUUUUACCAAAGAAGGACCGUCAAUUGUACCUCAAGUGUAUCCAGUGUGAUCGAGACAUCUCGCAUCUUUUACAUAAUAAGAAACAACACGGAUACGGGAAACAUCAUCAUCACCAUGGUUCCUCUUCGGGAGUUGGUUGCAGCAGUGCUGGUGGUGGUGCUGGUGGUGUGGGAGGAUCAGUAAUCGGUGGAGGUGCCAAAGUUAGCGUUCUCAAUGGGGGUGGCGGUACCGUAGUUGGUGGUGGUGGUGGCGGGGUCAAUGGGAGAAAACUAAUGUUGAAUAAGGAUAAUAGCACCAUUACUUGUGUUUGUGGGGCGCCAUUACCGAAAUGCGCGAUUUGUUUGUACUCUUUAGGGGCGCCAAUUCGCUACAAUAACGACCCAAAAGUUAAUACCCAGGAUUAUUUCCGCGAUUGGUGCAGUUUCUGUUUGAAUUGUAACCAUGGGAUGCAUUCGAAGCACGCGGAUCAGUGGUUCCAGGAUCAUACGGUUUGUCCGGUUCCUGAUUGCAAUUGUCAUUGUGUGGCCGAUAAUAUUUGA